AAUUUCCAGAACAUCAUCAGAUCUCUCUUCUUCUUCUUCCUCUUCAGACUUUAGAUUUAUUUUGUGAUCAGUCUUCUGACUAUAACAUACUGCGAUCUUUGUUCAGCUUCUCUAAUGGCGGAUAAUGUUGAAGAGCCUCAAUUGCAAAAUGGAGCGGCACCAGCUGAGUCUGAAAUCGAGCAGAAUCCGACUCCGGAACCACAACUCCAAACUGAGCCCAAACUUACCGAAGAAAUUCCGGAAAUAGAAACGGAUGUGAAGCCGGAGGAAGUACAAUCGGAGGUAACAGAUGCGAAGCCGGAGGAAGUACAAUCUGAGGUUAAGCCGGAGGAAGUACAAUCUGUGGUAACCGAUGCGAAACCGGAGUUAACCGAUGUCGAUCUGUCUCCGGGAGGAUCUGAGGAGAUCCCGAUCCAGUCGAGGGAGGUGAAUCAGGAAUCUUCUUCCAUUGAUCAGGAAUCUACUUCUGUUCUGAAGAAAGAAGAUGAUGGGAACAAGACAUUUACCAUGAGAGAGUUGCUUAGCGAAUUAAAAAGCGAGGAAGGAGAUGGGACUCCUCACAGUUCUGCUUCUCCCUUUAGUCGAGAAAGUGCUUCUCAACCAGCGGAGAACAAUCCUGCAAUGGAUCUGAUUAACAGGAUCCAAGUUACCGACGAAGAGGGUCGAUCCCGCCAGCGUGUUCUUGCAUUUGCUGCCCGCAAGUAUGCAAGUGCGAUAGAGAGAAAUCCAGAUGAUCAUGAUGCAUUAUACAACUGGGCACUUAUUCUCCAGGAAAGUGCUGAUAAUGUCAGUGCAGAUUCUGUUUCACCUUCUAAAGAUGAUUUGCUUGAGGAAGCUUGUAAGAAGUACGAUGAGGCAACCCGUCUCUGCCCGACGCUUUAUGAUGCUUACUACAACUGGGCUAUCGCAAUCUCUGAUAGAGCAAAGAUGCGUGGUCGCACAAAGGAGGCCGAAGAACUAUGGGAACAGGCGACUAAUAACUAUGAAAAAGCUGUCCAGCUCAAUUGGAACAGCUCCCAGGCAUUAAACAACUGGGGACUGGCGCUACAGGAACUCAGUCAAAUCGUUCCUGCUAGGGAGAAGGAAAAAGUUGUCAGAACUGCCAUUAGCAAGUUUCGGGCGGCGAUCAGGUUGCAAUUUGAUUUCCAUCGAGCCAUAUACAACCUUGGAACUGUUCUGUAUGGAUUAGCAGAAGACACACUUAGAACCGGGGGUUCAGGCAACGGCAAAGACAUGCCUCCCGGUGAGUUAUACAGCCAAUCUGCCAUCUACAUUGCUGCAGCUCAUUCGUUGAAGCCAAGUUACUCGGUUUACAGCAGUGCUUUGAGACUCGUUCGCUCCAUGCUACCUCUACCACAUCUUAAAGUUGGAUAUCUAACUGCAGCACCUGUGGGAAACUCACUCGCUCCUCACAGUGAUUGGAAACGCACAGAGUUUGAACUCAAUCACGAGAGGCUUCUACAGGUACUGAAACCUGAACCAAGAGAAAUGGGACGAAACCUGUCAGGAAAACCAGAGACAAUGAGCACAAAUGUGGAGAGGAAGACGGUAAAAGUGAAUAUUACAGAGAUUGUGUCAGUGACGCCUUGUGCUGAUCUCACUCUACCUCCCGGUGCUGGUCUCUGCAUUGAUACCAUUCAUGGCCCAGUCUUCCUGGUUGCAGAUUCAUGGGAGUCUUUAGAUGGAUGGCUUGACGCAAUUCGUUUGGUUUACACAAUUUAUGCGAGAGGGAAGAGUGAUGUUUUAGCCGGUAUUAUCACCGGUUAAUAAAUACUUCACUUAUAUAAUUUAUUUUGCCUUUUUUUAUCCAUAGUUUUGUGAUCUUAGCAGAAAUUCUCAUUUUCAAACAUGCUGAUCUUUUUUUUUGGGACCGUUUUUCUUAUUUA